UCUUAAAAAUAUAAUCAUAAUUUUCAGUCAAAAGAUGGUGCAGAAAGUGUGGGGACACUAAUUUGUCUUCUUUCCCCUUUUUGUCUAUUUGGAAAUAGACAAGAUUCAUCACACAACACUCACAUCACUGUAAUAAUAAUUUCAGAGAGACAGUGUCACCCAUACAUACAAGCCUACAAGGGAAGAAGAAGCAAAAGACCCUUUAAUUGGAUGAACAUAAAUGGAGUAUGAAAGAAUUGACAAGAAAAAUCUACAGCUGUCUCCUAGGAAGCUAAGGUCUUUGUUACUGGGAGCAGAAAAGAAGAGAAAACAAGAAGGAAGAGAAGAAGUAAUAGAAGAUCAAGAGUUUGAAUCUGCUACAUUGUCCUUGAGAUCCCAUUUGCCUGAGAUCCAUGAUUCUGGUUGUAAUUUGGAGAAUUGCAAAGAUGUAAAUGUUGUAAGUGUUGUUCCUGAGAGUUCAACAUCCUUAGCAAUUGAUUCGUCAAUGUCCUUGGAGAUGAUUAACGACAUGAGAAUCAAAGAUCAAUCGUUGGUCAGUACAAGAAUUAUGUCUCAAGAUGAGAGUAUUUUCGACUGUGAUAGUGGAAUCGAUAGUAUUAGUACUAUAUCUCCGCUCUUCGAAUUUCAAAAGGCUGAGCGAGUCCCACAGAGGGUUCCCCUAGCUCCUUUCUCGAAACCUGCCCCUUCCAAAUGGGAUGAUGCGCAGAAAUGGAUAGCAAGCCCAACAUCUAACAGGCCAAGGACCGGGCAGAACAGUCAAGUUGUUGGAUCACGCAAAACUAGGCAACAAUAUACGAAAGUUGUAGUUGAGGUUCCUGAUCAAAGAUUGGUUCCUUAUGAGGACCCUAUUGAUACAAAGCAGAUAGACUCAGGCCAACCGAAGGACAGUGGAGUCCAGAAGUUUGUGAGUUGGGAGGCUGACCCACACCCAAUUGCUGAAUCAUACGUGAAGCCGGUGCUCAUGAUUGAAAAUUCUGUCGGACAAUCAGCAAUAAAUCUGAGCCGUCAUGAUUCGUCUGUUUCUAUACAUAGUUCAACUGUCAUCCCCCCACCAUCGACUGCUAGGUCAGUUUCAAUGAGAGACAUGGGCACAGAAAUGACUCCAAUUGCAAGCCAGGAACCUUCUAGAACAGGGACACCUGUGAGAGCAACAACACCAACUCGCAGCCCGACUUCUUCUCGGCCAUCAACUCCAGGAGCUGCACCAGCUUCCUCUCCUUUUCGUUCUUCAAAUGAUAAUAUGGAUACUCGCACAAAUGAGUUGUUGUCUGACCAGGAAUUACAGAUGAAAACUCGAAGAGAAAUCAUGCAACUAGGAACUAAACUUGGUAAGAUGAAUAUAGCUGCCUGGGCUAGCAAAGAUGGUGAGGAUAGAAAUGCAUCCAGCUUUCCAAAAACCAAUAAGCAAGGGCAACAAAGUGCAACUGUCACUGAGGCACGUGCAGCUGCUUGGGAGGAGGCAGAGAAAGCGAAGUACAUGGCCAGGUUUAAACGAGAAGAGAUCAAGAUAGAAGCCUGGGAAAAUCAUCAACAAGCAAAGACGGAAGCCGAGAUGAGGAAAAUUGAGGUGGAGGUGGAAAAGAUGAAGGCACGAGCGCAAGACAAGCUAAUGAACAAGCUAGCUGCUGUGAGGCACAAAGCCGAAGAGAAACUGGCAGCAGCAGAAGCCAGGAGGAACAAACGUGCUGCAAAAAUAGACAAACAAGCAGAAUAUAUUCGUAAAACUGGACGUUUACCCCGCUCAUUCUCCUGUUGCCGCUGGUGCUUCUGAAGAGCUACAAAAUACUAUAAAAUGCUCUGUAUAUUUUUGUUUUUUGACUAGCUAGUAUUGUGAAGUUGGACUCUAGCAUUUGUGUAUGCUUUGAGCUCUUUGUCCAAACUCAACUGGUUGGCCACAUUACAUGUAGUUGUUGCUUAAUGGAAGUUGAAGUUGAGGCAUUGUUAUGGCCAA